AUGCCAUUCUCUGCCUUCAGUGGUGGUUGGAACUCCAAAUUUAGGAUGCAACUCAACUCAAACUAUAGCAAGUCAAGCUUAAACGUUUCAGCAGCGCCUGAUAGUGUAAGCUCUUCGGUCUAUCACGAUGGACUCUCGCGGGCCCAGGGCACAGCGAGCGAGCUUAACAUUGACCAGCCGCCCAGGAUGCGGCGUUCAAGGUCUAAAACAUCACGUGCGUUCAGCUUUAACGAGUUCGCGCAACUAUCUCAUGAUUCCCACUACUUGGCAGAACCAGGAACAGGUCGUGCAAAUAUGAAGUCACCAUCGAAUGGAUCAGCGGAGUCGUUCCAUACCGCCAGUGCGGGAUCCACUGUUUCCAGAGGAUCUCAUAUCGAAGAUACAACCCAAGCCAUAGCAGUACCAGGUAGCGAAGAUACUGCCAAAGCGUUCGCCGAGCGAGCAUGGCAAGAAGACCCCAGUUUUGUUGAGCGAGAGAAGUUGGUUGAAUGGCUUGGAUCUCCGUCUGAGAUUAGGCAUCAAGCUUUGGCCUAUUACAUCGCCCAUUUUGAGUUUGGUGGAUCUGAUAUUGAUGAUGCCAUACGGCAACUAUGUAACAAACUAUAUAUUAAAGGAGAAACUCAGCAAAUAGACCGAGUGCUGGAGGCUUUUAGUGAACAUUACGUGACUCAAAAUGGUGCUUCUAUCUGGCGCAUAGCAGAUAUUGUACAUGUAGUGUCUUUCGCGAUCAUCCUCCUCAAUACGGACCUUCAAGCAGCUGAACUCAACUCGCACAUCACAAGCUCUCGAUUUGUUGAGAAUACGAUUGAAGCUGUCCGAGCCCAACUGCAACAGGAUGGCACAUUGAAUAGCCCUCUAUCAAACGACUCUUUGGCUCCCGAUCCUCUACCAGAUAUUGAUGAAGGCGGACAAAUUCAUUCCCCUACUUCACCAUCCGGCAAGUCUGCGUCACCUGCCGUGAACAUCGAUCGACGACCUUCCAACCGAGGUAGUCGAAUCAGUAGUAUAGGCAGUCUUGGGUUAGGUACAAGGGAUAGCUGGGUAGUAACACAGCCAUCGGAUGCAGGGGAGCCUCAGUUUAGCGAACGGUGGUUCAUCGAUGUUUCACGCGAGCUAUCAGCUAUCUAUAAUCGUAUACGAGCGAAGCCCAUCCUUCAAAUAAGUAGACAUGACGAUGUUACAACUUCUCCCCAAUCCAAAUCCAAUACUGGGUUGCUCAAACGUGGAAGCGCUAAGCUGUAUCACUCAUUGCGAGGUGAAAGCCCAUAUGGACAACCCUCUCCUUCUACGUCUGGGGCUAGUUUUGUAUCGGCCCUUGGACACCGGGUGUCUUCGUCCAUGUCUUCACUUCCUCAAUUCCUAGGUAUUACCUCCAACCAAUCGCUUCAGUCAUCUGCAAGUAACGACCCAAGCAAGUCGGCUGAUUCUCGUUGGGCAAAGUCUGGACCUCUGUUAUGGAAAUCGAUGAAACCAACCGCGGGAAGGAUCGCGAAGCCAAAAAGAUGGCUGAGUGUUAUAGCCACUGUACGAAAUAGCAUUUUCGACAUGAGUGGCCCAGCGCCACCUGGGAAUAGCGGUGCAGCUGGUCGUCGACUCGGAGCCCUUUCGCUUCUACAUACUCUUGCUAUCGAAGUUCCCGCUCCUAAAGGUACAAAAGUCCGAAGCUUUGGACUUACGCUUGCAUCUGGGGAGACACACGUUUUUGAAAUCCAAUCCUCUGGAGGGGUCUUCAGCAAAUCCAAGUCCAAGGGUGGAGCAGAUCCCGAUGCGGAGGUUUCAGCAUGGGUGCGUGCCUGCAACUAUCAUGCGGCACGUUAUAGCCGUGCCCCAUUGCCUGACGCUGUUACCAAUGUUGAGUACGGGUGGAAUGGAGUUGCCGAGGUUGAUGAUGAUCAAGAUAGCACCAACGGUCGUACCCGUAACGUGCUGAUUGACGAUUGGGUUGCGCCCAAUUUGCCGGCCAUGGAAGCACAAACCGAUGUUGAAACUCAACUUGAAGUAUGGAACAAGCAAGUUGACAUGUGUAAUCUUGAAUUUGCUGAACAUGGCGAGCUGAGAGGAAAGAUGAUGAGUUUGUACCGCCAGGGUAGCGCACAGGCGCAGAAGGCGCUAAGCAACUGGGAGAAGAAAGCACAAUAUCUUCUCACUGAGAUAGUAAAGUACGAAACCUAUGCGGAGAUUUUAAGAAGUACGGAACUCGCCCCCUAG